AUGCAAAAGUUGCACAGUUUGAGUUCACUUUUUAAUUCGUUUAGAGUAGUUUCUCGCCGGUUAAACCGUUCAUUCGCUACAAUGGAUAAAACGUUCAAGUUGAAUACCGGUUACAAUAUUCCCCUAAUUGGUUUCGGUACAUUCCAAAUCCACGGACAGGAGCUAAUUUACCAAGUGCUGGAUUAUGCUCUGCGCGCCGGCUAUCGACACAUCGAUACUGCGGUCGUUUAUCGCAACGAGGAGUACAUUGGAAGUGCGCUGAAAACGUUGCUACCGAAGUACAAUCUGAAGCGUGAAGACAUCUUCAUUACCUCCAAGUUGAUUUCUCAGGCAGGAAAGGAUGAAGGAUUUGUGGAAGGGAUGGUACGAAAGUCGUUGGCUAAUUUACAAACCGACUAUCUCGAUCUGUACCUUAUCCACUGGCCCGGAGUGAGUGGUAUGCAAGUAACGCAUCCGGAUAAUGUAAAGUACCGUAUGGCCACCUGGAAUGCGUUGUGCAAGAUGCAGCGCGAAGGUCACCUUAGAUCGAUCGGUGUAUCAAAUUACACGGUGAAGCAUUUGAAGGAGAUGCUGGCGGAUUGCAAAGGGGUAGUUCCAGCGGUGAAUCAGGUUGAGUGGCACCCAUACUACUAUCAACCGGAACUGCUCGAAUUUUGUCGCAAAGAGGGCAUCUUCCUGCAGGCCUACUCAUCACUCGGGUCGUCCAACACUACCGAGCUUCGGAACGACGCGACGGUCCAGGCAGUGGCCACCAGUCUUCAAAAAACACCCGCCCAAGUAUUGCUUCGUUGGGCGUUUCAGCAGGAGAUCGGUAUCCUGCCGAAAGCACGCUCACGGGAGCAUAUUGAAGAGAACGUGGCACUGGAGUUUGAAAUUCCGGCGAAGGAGAUGAAGCAGUUGAAUGAGCUGCAGGCGAGCGUUGGUCAUAAGUUUGCCUGGAACCCGGAAACGGUCGUGUAG